CCGUCCCUCCGAUUCCCCCACCACCUCGUGAAAGUCUCUCCCCUCCCCACCCCUGCUCCUUCUCUCUGACCACCGCGCGUGGCCGUGCAUCCCUCUCUCUCUCUCUCUCCACUGCUUAUCCUGCGCACCCCUCCCUCUCUCUUCUCUCUCUCUUCACCCUCUGCCACUUUCUCUCUCUAGCUCAACUAAUCACUGACACAGAGAGAGAGAGAGAGAGAGAGAGAGGUAGGCUGCGAAUGGUGCAGCCUGGAGCUGCUCCUGCCACGCCAUUGCACUUGCUUCGAAAGCUGUCGAGACCAUCCGCCUCGCCCUUUUCGUUCCCCCCUCGGUGCGACUGAUUCGAUCGUCGUCGUCGUCAUCCAUCAGUCGCUCGCUUCUUCCCCCCACUUUCCGUUCCUUUUUUCACCUGCCGCCAGCGCCAUUGCAGGAGUAAGCUUUAUCCAGGUUUUACGGCCUGCCUGCGAGCGUCUGGGACCUUGCGUGAAGAGAAGUACAAAAGGUGAGAGAGAGAGAGAGAGAGAGAGGCUGGGGAAGGGAGAAAGUGCACUGCAGUAGGAGUGGUGCAGUGUCCAUGCUGUGCAGAUCGUGCCGUCUUUGUUCUUCGCCGGGUCGGCUUUUUCUCUGAUCCGUCGCUUUCGGGUUUCAGGGUCUGCUCUCGAAGUUUUUUGAAGAGGGCGAGGCUCGGAUUCCUGGGAAACGUAAAGCUGUUUGCGGAGACGAUGAUGCUCCGCGACGACCGUUUUAGUUUCCGGAGGUGGGCUUUGUCGGUAGAGCAUUUGGAAACGUUCGCAUGGUGAUUUGGAGAUAUGUAAGUAAUUCAGCGAAAACGAAGCGCAUUACGGUCUGGUUACUGAUUUGGAUACGCCGCUGAGGAUCGAUCUCGUCCGGGAUUCCGUUCUUUUUUCUGGGUCAGCGCUGGAGUUAGAUCUCGGGAUUGGGUUUGGGACUAGCCGGAGUCGUUUUACUAGGGUUUUCCACCGGGCUAGUGCAUUCUUCGUUUUCGGUUCUUGGCGGAGAAGAUGAUGGACGAGGGUGCAGGGAAAGCGGCGUCGCGUCUGGCGAUUACGGAGAAGCGUCAGGCUACGACGAGGCCCGGCGGUUGCGUCGGCAUCUUCUUGCAGCUCUUCGACUGGCACCGGAGGUUCGCCAAGAAGAGGCUCUUCUCCAGGAAGAUGCUUCCUCCUGUUCGCGCGAAGCAAGUGUCGAGGAACUUCCACCUGGACGAGAAGAUGCCCGGUGCUAAGCUACAUUUGAUUGCCGAUGAGAACAAAGGGGGUUUCCCUACUUCGAGGAGAAAUGGGUAUAAGAAUCUUGAUCUGGAACAGAGGCCAAAGCAUGAAACUCAAGCUCCUGGGUUGGUUGCUAGGCUAAUGGGUCUUGAAUCCAUGCCUACUGCGGCGCAGAAGAAGGUUACCAGGCCUCUGUCGUCCUACCCUCGCCAUGGUAAAGCGGAGAAGUUUCUCCUUGGUACCAAAGGGUCCGCAAAGGAAGACGGCUUGAGUAAUGAAAAGGGACAUCUAAAGCAUGAGCCGAGGCCUCAGAAACUUCAGAAGACCGGUUUAUUGGAGAGACGGGUUGUUACUCGCUUUGGAGCGGAGGCUUUGCAAAUUAAAGGUGUCAUGACUAAAUCGAGGAAGCAGCAUCAUCCCAAGCUUCUCUCCCCUGCGAAGAGCCCAAGAAUCUCUUCCAUAAGGAAUGCAUCACGGACUUCUCGGUUGAUCGAUGCGGCUACUAGGAUACUAGAACCUGGAUUGCAAGCCAGAAACAGGGAUAGAUGUGCCCUUCCCUCCCCCACCUCCGCAUAUCCUUCCAGUGAGGUGGGUAUAGCAGAAAGGUCUCCAUCUGAGUCACAAAUUAUCUUUACACGGGCCAUAUGUAGUGAAGCGGAGUCUGCAGGGCAAGCUUCAUGCAUUAACCGUGGUAAUUUGGUAGAUAUAGACCUCAGACAAAACACAUCACAACAGAUGCUAGAUCAUGCAGCCAUAACCUUGAAUCCUUUUCAUGCUUCUUAUCAAGACUCUGGAACCAAUAAACCAAGACCACCACCAGCAGCUGUCAUGCGAGAAAAAGACGUAACUUAUAGGAGAAGGCAACGAGAAUCUGUUGCUCCGUCUUCCCCACCAAAUUGCCACUUUCAAGCCUUUAAUGUGCCCCUUAAGGAUGCCAAACCGGUUCCUAAAGAAUGCCUGGAGCAGCCGUGCAUACCAAGCCAUAAGUGCAAUCCUCACCAGGAAGAAUUGCCAUCCAAUGCUUUGAAGAAUAGUCCCGCCACCCAGAAUGAGAUGUUAGAGACUGGUAGGACUCCUCCAAUUGUCAAAUGCAGCAAUUCCAAUGGCAGGAAAGCCUCGUUAAGUGGAAAUUCUGCUACUGGAGCCAAGGACUUUGUAGCUCUGAACCGCAGCCUAAGUGGCCGAACGCGUCCCAGGUUGCCUGUUAAAGCUGAGAACUCUGAUUCUGAUGCAGCCAGAAAGACUCGUGUUAGACGACCUGAUUCUUUGCCUCAAUUCAGAUCUCCAGUACGGAAGAUAAGGUCCUCUAAUGUUGAUGGACCAGUCGAGAGUCCAAGUUUUGUCAGUGCUGAAGUCGGUAAACAAAAUGAUGCUCGGUACGAUGCUGUUCCCAGGACCAGGGUCAACUCUCGCGCUUCCUCCAGCGACAGAAGUUGUGAAAGAAGUAAAUUGGUAGGUGAAGCAGAUAGAAUUAAGGCUGGUGGCACUAACAAUAAUGGUGUGGUUUCUUUUACAUUCAAAUCUCCAAUGAAGCAAAAGAGCAGUUUUCCUGAGGGCAGUGAUGACAAGAGAACCGAGAAGAGCCUUCCUGGUGGUGGAAAGGCAUCUGAUUCCGUAGAGCCGGUAUUCGACAGAAGUGAUGAUGAAGCAGCAUGUCAAAAGCAGUUACCCUGGAAUGGAGAUGCUCUAGGUGCCCUUUUAGAAUGUAAAUUGAAGGAAUUGAUUUCUCAAGAAGAAGAUGAGCUGAGCACGGCAUGUGCUACACCUAAGCGAUCAACUGCUAUGAUUCUCCAAGAACUGAUAGCCGCUUUAACUGAUGCUCCACCUGUAUCUCAAGAUUGCAAUGUGCUUGAUGCUGGAAAUGCUUUUAAGAAAAAGGCAAAGAUGGACGGGACAUUGAUUGGAUUUUUGAGUGAUGUGAAUCAUUUGAGCCCAGGUUCGGUCCUAGAUGCAUCCUUUUCCAAUGACAGCUGCAUCUCCAGUAGCUUGGAUGAUGGCACAGUGUUUUCAGGAUCGAAGUUGCAUUAUGACUUCAUGGACUAUCCUGAUCCUCUGCAAUCACUCAAUCCGGGAGCUGACCUUUUGGACUCUGCUACAUCACUCGAUGAGGGAAGAAGCUCCCGAAAUGUGUUGAUCGAUCUUAUUGACCGGAUAACUAGAGUGAUAGGGGGCCGAGAUCUUGUGGUGUUGGGAUUGGCUGGGAGCAGGUGCACAUAUGCAAAGGAUGUGAUGUUGCAUGCUGAACUGCUCUUUACAGAUUUGACUCGACUUCAUUCCGAUGGGACGGAAGAUUUUGUCAUUACCGUCUUUCUCCUUGACGAACUCGAACAUGCUGCUGCCACUUCCUGGACAGAUAUGAAAUCUUUCUUUGGAUCGGAGGAAGCCAAAGAGUGGAAUCAGCUGAGGCGGUUUCUUUUUGACUGUUUGUUGGAGUGCUUGGAUUUGAAGUACCGGAGAUACUGUAACUUUGGAUAUCAAGGGUGGAUGAGACAAUUGGUGUUCUUGAAUGUAGAGAAGCUGAUCAGAGAUUUUGGAGGGGAGAUGAGAAGGUGGGCCUGUUUAGCUGGGAUGACUCCCGACGAGAUAAUCGAAUAUGAGAUGAGUCACGCCCUCGGGAAAUGGACAGAUUUCGACAUCGAAGCAUUUGAGAACGGUGCUGAACUGGGCGAGGAUAUUCUCUGUAAUCUGGUAGAGGAAAUUCUGAUAGAUCUUUGAGGACGAACGUCAUUCCUGGGUUUUAGACCAGCCAACUCUUUUUGCGUGUCCAUGAUGCUGCUGCAAUUUCUAAUGUACAAAAUGCCGAAACGGCUAGCGGUGGAGGCUAAUUAUUUGUAAAUGAGCAUUCUAUGCAAAGACACUAACUGAAUUUCUAGGUCAGAUGAUUCCCCCCCCCCUUAAGGCCAUUUUUAUGGACUGUCGUCAAAUGUCGAUGUUUCAUCUUAAGAUGUUCUUGUUUCGGUUUUCAUAAGUUGCUGUUUAUUUUACCAGAUGUGUGCUUUUGUUGUAAGAAGAUUUCGUGAAUAGUAUUUGAGUGAAUAGUUACUGCAAUUAUUAAA